CGUGAUUCUCUCUGAAGUGUAAAUGCUACACGUUUGUUGUAAAAGGCCAAACUGUUGAUUUACAUAUUUUACUCUAAUACAGAGUCAUGUUGGUGAUCAAACUAGCAGACCAUAUCCACGGGUCUUCCGUUAAGGCAUAUCCUGUCUAAUGGGUUUUGUAAUGACGUAUUAAAACUCCAAACUGUUAAUUUACAUAUUUUACUCCAAUACAAAAUGAUGUUGGUGAACAAACUAAAUGUUCUUAUUAUCGUUUUAAGAGUCUGUAUAAGAGCCCGUGCAGAUAUUGCUUUCGAGUUAUAAUCGGUUUAAAAAAAAAAUCGGUUUUGGUCAGAGAGACGUUCUUCUAGAUUUGUGAAGAAAUCUUUUGUGACGCGUGCGUGCAAAUUCAAAUUCAAACUGGUGGAAAAUAAUUUCAACUCAGUCGUCAAACCGACAAACGUGCCGAAUUACAAAUAUUGUUUUUUACUAUAUAUAAAUAUUUUUUUGUGUAACGAGGAAAGUAACGAAGAUCAUGGACUUUUACAAUAGCAUAUUUGCAACUAGUUGGCUGGAUUCACUGCUCAAUCAAUUGCUUAGUUGGUGGAAUAUUAUAAACCCCUUUAAUACGGCUAGACUAUAAAGACUUGGAAUGUAGACAAAACACACCGAAUGAAACAAACAUAUAGUGAAAAAUGAAUUACAACCCUUUUUGUAAGCCACUUGGAAUAUUACAACCCCUUUAGUACACUGGACGUGGAAAGAGGGUCCCAACUUAUGUGAUAUAUAAAUAUAUGGUUGUCUAGGGUUUCAUAACACCAAUAACGAGACAUUUUUUCAGCAAACAUAUUGUCUAUAAAAGGCCUAGCCAAGUUUAUGUAAUUGAGUGACAUUUCUUAAUAUUGCUUCUGUUAGGGAGAGGGUAAAAUUAGUAAGCAUAAUGAGGAAUGUGUUGAAAAUCAUGCUAAUCUUUUGUGUAUAUCUCAAUUGGGGUUGUACUGAGGGAGCUCAAGAAAGAGAGAGUAGAAAAUUGGAUUAUCACACAGUUCAAGUCAGCUCUCUUUCACCAACAGGAUCUAAUACCAAGGAGCCGCUGCACGUAGUGGACAAGCAUGUCGUGCGCUCGCCUCUUAUGAGAAGCAGAGUUACGAGACUCGACCUUGACAAUAUCCUCAGGCACGAUCGAGCACGCUUAGACUACAUCCACUCUAGACUGUCAAAUAAUUUUGCUGAACGACCUAGGAAAACUGAAUCUAAAGAUAUACCGGUCAAGGACAUGAGUAAGAGCAAGAGCGAGCUCGGUUGGGGGAGCUACAUCGAGACUAUCGGAAAUGGGAACACCUAAACACGAUCAUGCUACUUUCAUGAUGGACAAGAGCUUCACGUUAUGUUUAAGAUCCCAAUUAUAGUGAGUUGCGUUUGUUAUAAUAUGUCCAUAUCUAAAGUUGUUUGAUUACUCUACUCAAAUUGCAUGCAGUUGUUAUUUGAAACAUUGUUUGUUUUUUCUUUAACUGGAAACACUGUUUAAAAAAAAAAAUAGACGUAACACGUUCCCUACU